AUGAAGUUUACCUCAGUCUUUAAGCGGACCAGAAAGGCCGUCAAAGAACGGUUUGUUAACCUGGCCAAAAAGCCAGAAACCCAAAAUUUUAAGUUUGACAUGGAACAUUAUGUUCACCCAACAAGCUGCUCAAUCUGUCAGGGUAUUAUCCCUAAUUGUGUUUGUGACCUGCUGCAAAAGGUGGAUAAUGGCGAGAUACCCGCAGACGAAAUUCUGAUCGCCUAUUUGCAGAAGCAAGACACAAUAAGAAACACAAUUGUUACAAAGGAAGAGUAUGCAACAAAAGUCCUGGGAAACGCAUACGUUCAAACUGACAAGUUCGAUAGUCAGGAGCUUAUGACCUCUUCGGGCCUCAAUGAUCCUGUCACUGUCUCAAAAAAACAAAAAACAGCCACCUUUAAGAAUAAGAUGCAUAAUAUAACCGCAAAACUUUGGUUCUUAAUUACCAAAAAGUCCACACUAUCCACCGACGUUGAAACAUUGACCGAUAAUGCCUCAAUCGACCGCUCCCAACCCAUUUUGUCUUUAAACCCUGAAGUGAACGCUCAUCCCCCAACUGAGUUAGUAACGGAAAGAAGAGAGGUUGCCACUACUCCCCCAACGGUGAGCAGCCUCGUAGUAUCAACAGAAGAAGAAGACAUAUGUGUAGAUGGCUUAGAACAAGACAGAAAAGGCCAUGAGAAAACGCACAAAGCCCCAGUUUUGCACUUAUCAGACCUGUGCCGCUGGCAGACGGUUACCGACUUCGUGGACUCUCAGUAUAACUGGUGUGAAGAGAUGAUUACUGGUUUGGAAGAAUGCUCUAAGGUGUACAGAUUAAGAGGCUUCUAUAAAGCAAGAAAUGAGGCAAAGGCAACAGCCAAAGCCCUGUUCCGGCGCUUAUUCAAAUGUGAUAUUAGUCAAGAACAAGUAACUUCAUCUGAGCACCUAGUAAACAAUCUAAAAUUGGGCAACUCUUCAGGGUUUACUGCAGCUGUGGUUAAAUACUACACCAUUUUGACGUCAGAAGAAAAUACAUGGCGCCAGUAUAGACACCUUCUCGGCAUAUCCUCCAAUUAUGACAAUUUGAUGAGACAGAAUAUUGAUAACAACCGCUACGAGGGCAAUACUGCUAAAGGAGUCAGACGUGAAAUCAAUGGAGUGACAGACCAAAUGUUUAACAAAGUUAUCUUAAUUGAUAAGUAUCAAAAAGAGAACACCACCAGCUUGGUCGGCCUGGGCAAGAUCCUCGAGGACGGACACAACCUAACAGUGGCCAUUGAAAAUGCUAAAGACGAGGUGGCAAGAAUGAGACUUGAGUCAGAAUUUCAACUCUACAAGAGCAAGUGCCUAAAGAAGAUUCACAAGGAACUGGGUUUGAUGGAAAUUUUGAGCAAGAGACACAUCUACGAGGUAAAGCGUUUCUCGGAGAUCAUAGAAGAGAAGACAGAGAUUUACCGCUACAUGUGCGAUAUUGACAGUCGUACUACUUUUCAAGUCACUCUAAAAGAGAAUGCCACAUGGAUGAAGUGUCUGUUGACUAAAUACUAA